CCCUAAACACAGCACACAGUUCAGCACACAUUUUUAUAAUAUCACUGCCUUUUCCCCCCAUUCUCUACAAAAUUCAGUUUGAAUAAUUUUUUUUAAAAUGGGUUCUCAUAGUAGUCCUAAAACCUUAAAAAAGAAUUUCUUGACAGUUGGCCUUCCUAUAAUUUUGCAACUUGGACUGUUCAUCUUUAAGAGCUUGGUUUUUCAGUGUUAGUGUGUUUGAAAUGGUCUUGAGGUUUUGUGGUUGCUGUUGAUUCUUUGCAGAACUUAACUUAAAACACUAGCUUCCUUUUGUUUGGUGAACCGGCCAGGCCCUGUGAGUGCAUGCAGACCGUGGAAGUGCCCAAGCAGCCUUGUCAUUAAAAAAGAAUCAGAUUUGGAAUUCAGACAGAUGGCCUAACUCUGCACAUUUCCCUGAGAAAUCUGGCUUUUUCAGAAGCUGGUCCUUCUAGGUAAAUAGCUGAAAAAAUGAUGAGCAGAACUUAUGGUGGCACGUUCAUCCUUGAAUCAGAUAUGAACACAGUAUAAUUUCACAUUUACCUGAUGGAACUACUUUUCUACAGAGAAAAAUAAAAGGUGACUCCUGAAGUAUGGCUGACCACAAUAGUUCCUCCUGCAAUAACCCUAUAAGGUCACCCCAUUUAACCAGGCUCUACUUCAUAGUGCUCUUUGGAGGGCUGGUGGGCAUCAUCUCCAUUUUGUUCCUGCUGGUGAAAAUGAACACCCGGUCUGUGACCACCACAGCAGUCAUCAACCUGGUGGUGGUCCACAGUGUUUUUCUCCUGACAGUGCCUUUUCGCCUGACCUACCUCAUCGAGCACACUUGGACAUUUGGGUUGCCCUUCUGCAAAUUUGUGAGCGCCAUGCUGCACAUCCACAUGUACCUCACAUUCCUGUUCUACGUUGUGAUCCUAGCCAUCAGGUACCUCAUCUUCUUCAAGCACAAGGACAAAGUGGAAUUCUACAGAAAACUGCAUGCUGUGGCUGCCAGUACUGCCCUGUGGCUACUUGUGAUUAUCAUUGUGGUGCCCCUGGUUGUUUCUCAGUAUGGAAUUCAUGAGGGUUAUGACAAAUACCACUGUUUUAAAUUCCAGAAAGAACUUGUUUAUGCAUAUGUGCAAGUCAUCAACUAUUUGAUAACCAUUAUCGUCAUAGUUAUUGCAGUGAUUCUCUUUGUCCUCCAGAGCAUCAUCAUUGUGUUGAUGGUGCGGAAGCUACACCACUCCUUACUAUCCCAUCAGGAGUUCUGGGCCCAGUUGAAAAACCUGCUUUUUAUAGGCGUCAUUCUUAUUUGCUUCCUUCCCUACCAGUUCUUUAGGAUCUAUUACUUGUACACUGUGGCACAUUCAAGUGACUGUAAUGACAAUGUUGCAUUUUAUAAUGAAAUCUUCUUGAGUCUAACAGCGAUUAGCUGCUUUGAUUUGCUGCUCUUUGUUCUUGGGGGAAGCCGUUGGUUUAAGCAAAAGAUAAUUGACCUAUGGAAUUGCCUUUUGUGCCGUUAACCACAAAGUAUAGUAUUCAGAAUUACUUCCUUAAUAUUGAGAGUGGAAACAGGAAUAGUUAUUUCAUUACUUGAUUAAAACCAUGCCUUAAUACAGCCAAAUAAAAGGACUAUAAAAUGUCAGAGCCUUCAUUUCAGCCCUUAUUUAAUUCCUACCAUCUCUGAAUGAUACAUAUACAAAGACUAGUAAUGUUCAAUUUACCUGGUGUUGCAAUACUGCAUUAUUUUCCAAUAUAAAAUAUCUACUUGGCCCAUCCAGGUACCAUGGUUUAAUGGUUUCUGAGUUUUACUAGCUUAUUUUAGUUUCCUCAGUUUGAAACAUGGUCUUUUCUUAGGCUUUGGAUUGGACUCAGCCCUCUAGUUCUUUUCAUUCCACUUAACCUUAGGUAAAUUAAUCCUGAUCAUGGUCAUUUCAAAGACACAAACUCUAUUUGGCUAACCAGAUGAGAUGACUAUUCAACUCACACCCUCACAAAAAGGGGAGAGAGUAGUAAAAAACUUUUUUAGAUUACCAUAACUUUGGUGGGAAGUCACUUAUCUAGACAUCAAGAGAAACAGAUCUCUUUGUGGCCUUCUGCUAUAAUAAUUUUCUAGAUUUGUCCUUUGAAAGGUUUGGUUUAAGGACAUGGGAUCAACUCCCUCAAUAUCUCCAAAAAUCAUUUAAAAGCUUACUGAGUAUAUCUAAAAAAUGGUGAAACUGUAACUUAGACAAUAUUCCUGACCAAUAUGCUGCUAGGCAUUAAAAUGAGUUCCCAAGGGAAGUGAUUUAAUUUUCCCCCUUUCUGUUUUUUGGAGGAUUUCUAGAUAUCCUGGGCCACAAUUUAGAUUUCCCUUGCAGACAAAGUUAUACUGAAAUCUUAGAGUUCCCUCUCACCCUUAAAGUUGUGUCUUCAAUUAAUUAAAAACAAUAUUGUAAAAAAAAAAAGAACUCUUGAGAAAUAUAUGGGAAAACCAUUAAUUUAGGCUAUGAGAUGGGGCUGCUAAAUUGAAACACAGGCUUAUGGAUUUUUUUGCCUUGUGCCCAUAUUUCUACUAUUUCCCUCAAAGUUUCACAAUCUUGAAACUUUCCAAAGAACUGAUCCAGUUUCAUAUUUGAGCCUUCAGAACCUGAAGCAAUUCAUGGUAGGAAGAGAAGAACGGAAUGAAUUAAGGUAACUUUUUUCUUUCCCCAGCAAGAUAAAUGUUCAGGAUUUAAAGAUUUUUCUUUAUUUGUUAUACUCUAUGCAUCCACAAAUUUAUCAGAUGAAUAAGAAAUACCCCUGGAGGUUUUAUGAUCACUAAAAUUGCUGAGUCAUAUAAAUUAAUUUUGAGGAAGAAAAAGCAACAACAUACAUACAUGACUUAUCCAAAUUUUUUCCUGCUUUAAACUUUCACUUAUUCAUCUUUCUUUCUUUUUAAGUUAUAGUUAUAGUUUUUAAAUUUCUUAUUUGUCUUCUUUUCCCACCUUUUCUUAGUUUUUUCCUUCUCAUUUGACCCAUAAUAUUUGUAAGAAAAUUUCUAAGACCCAAAAAAGUUGUGAGAAAAUUUGUUACACCCAUAAAAUGUGUAAGAAAAUAAUUAUAGUAAAAUAUUUUAAAAAUUUAAAAAUUAUUUAUGAAAAUUACAUCAUUUCUCUUCUUAUAUAUCCAUAUCUUACUGUCAUAAUAUCUGUUAGCUUGUAGAUUGUAUUGCUCUUCCAGACUUUAAAUUAUGUUGAGGUCUGGCAAUUAUGCUUUUCUCUGUAUUAUCAGAUAUUAUAAUAAAGGGCCUAUUUUUGUGGACCUAUAAGAAAUACUAUCCCAAAUAUAGAAAUGCAAUAUAUAAAAUAUCUUAUUCAUUAAUAUUUACAGAAUAAACAAAAAAUUUCAAUUUGC